UUGCGUAUAUCGAAUGACGAAAAAGCAGUAGAAAUCCCAAUCUCCAAUACAGGCAUCGAAACACUUAUACCAAGUUAUGGAAAACAGGAAUAUGAUAGUGAUGGGGGUGAUACAUUUGAUGAGUUUGACUAUGAAGAGGACAAUCUGAAGGAAAUAGACGGGUAUUUUACAGAUGAAUGGUCAGAGGUAGAUAACCAGCAAUUAGGUCAAGAAAGAGAAAGUGAAGAAAACCCAGCACUAUUCCUUACCGAUAUAAACAAACCCCCACUUAACGAAACAGAAGGAAAGUCGGUAAUAGACAGAAUCCAGGAAUUCAUAAACAUCGACUUGAUGACCCUAGAACAACAACGUCAAGCGAAAGAAUUUCUGAUAAAAGAAAAGGCAUUGUUCGCUAAAAAUGUAGACGAUCUAGGAAAAACAAGUGUUAUUACGCAUGCUAUAAAUACAGGAGACGCGACAGCAGUGAAACAAAGACUCUACAGAAUAUCUCAUGAUGAGAAUGAGUUUGUAGAAUCUGAGAUUAAUAAAUUAAAAAGGGAAAAUUUAAUAAGAAG